AUGGAGGAUUGCCUUCAUACCUCUUCUGAGAAUCUGUCCAAAUUGGUCAGCUGGGCCCACAGCCAUGGGACUAUUUGCAGCCUCAUCCCUAACCUGAAGCACUUGCUCUCUGAAGGUUCUCAUGGGAACCUGACAGCAAUGUGGGGCUGCAGUGCUGGCCAUGCUUAUCACUGGCCACUGACAGCGACUUGCAGAGCUGGCUCCCAGGAGAGGGUCUGUUUCCAGGAUAACAGAAGUUUUAACUCGGAUAGCCCCAGUAUAAUUGGAGUGCCCUCUGAGACACAAACCAGCCCAGUUGAAAGGUACCCUGGGAGACCAGUGAAAGCAAAGCUUGACUGUAAUCGGACCAGAGACUCUUGUGACUUCUCUUAUUGCAGUGAGCCCUCUGAACUGGAUGAAGCUGUCGAAGAAUACGAAGAUGAAAACACCCUGUUUGACAUGGUGUGUGAGUCUUCCGUUACCGAUGAGGAUAGUGACUUUGAACCCCAACCCCAAAGGCCUCAGAGCAUUGCUCGGAAAAGGCCUGGAAUACUCCUGUCUUCUCUCCACUCAAGCUCCCAGGCUCACAUGGUUGAUGAGUGCAGCAGUGAUGUCAUCGUCAAGAAGAUCAAACAAGAGAUUCCUGAAGAUUAUUACAUUGUGGCCAAUGCAGAGCUGACUGGCGGAGUCGAUGGACCAACCCUAUCGUUGACACAGAUGGCAAAACCCAAGCCUCAGACUCAUGCCGGCCCCUCUUGCGUAGGGUCUGCUAAGCUAAUCCCCCAUGUAUCCUCUGCCAUCAGCACAGAGCUAGACACACACUGUGUGUCCGCAUCCCCCUCCGUGAUGUCCAGGCCAAUCGUCCAGAAGACCACCAGGGCAUCUCUGGCUUCACCAAACAGAGGACCCUCUGGUACCCAUGGCACCAGCCAGCAAGUGGCCAUGCAGACGCCUGUGAGCACAUCCCAUCCUAACAAACAGAUCAGCAUCCCUCUGUCUGCCCUGCAGCUGCCUGGACAGGAGGAGCAAGUGGCUUCCGAAGAGUUCCUGCCCCACCUGCCCAGCCAGGUCUCCUCCUGCGAGGUAGCCCUUUCUCCUUCGGUUAACACAGAGCCGGAAGUGAGCUCCAGUCAGCAGCAGCCCCACGUCGCUCCAACCAUAACCACCGAGGCCAUGGCACAGUGCAUACCAGACCAGGAUGAAAGAGCAGCUGAGCUCAGCAGAGAGCAGAAUGAGAAAACCAUCCGGAGCACGCAGACCGCGCUCCGCAAUUUCCCCUAUUCUACUAAGCUCAACAAAUUUCCUGUAUUUAAUAUUAAUGAUGACUUGAAUGAUCUGUGCACCAGUGCAGUAAGCCCAAAUACUACCAAAGCCACGCGGUAUGCCCUGAAUGUGUGGCGCUACUGGUGCAUGACCAAUGGGCUCAAAGACCACACGGACAUCACCAAGAUCCCUGCAGCGAAGUUGAACGAGCUGCUCGAGAACUUUUAUGUCACCGUGAAGAAGAGCGACGGCUCGGACUUCCUGGCCACCUCGCUCCACGCCAUCCGCCGGGGCCUGGACCGCAUCCUGAAGAACGCGGGCGUGGGCUUCUCCAUCACCAGCAGCACCUUCAGUUCGUCCACCAAGAAACUCAAGGAGAAGCUGUGGGUCCUGAGCAAGGCAGGGAUGUCAGGCGCCCGUUCCCGCAACAUCAUCUACUUCUCCCUCUCCGACGAGGAGGAGAUGUGGCAGGCGGGGUGCCUCGGGGACGACAGCCCCAUCACUCUCCUGUCCACCGUGGUCAAGUACAACAGCCAAUACCUGAACAUGCGGACCCUGCAGGAGCACGCGGACCUGAUGUACGGUGACAUCGAGCUGCUCAAAGACGCACAGAACCAGCCCUAUUUUGCCCGGACGGACAGCGUCAAGCGGGAGAGCCGGAGCGCUUCCACGCGCAUAUGCCACGGGAAGAUCUACCACGAGCACUCCCGGGGGCACAAGCAGUGCCCGUACUGCCUGCUCUACAAGUACAUGUACAUCCACCGGCCGCCCACCCAGAUGGAGGCCAAGUCCCCCUUCUACCUUACCGCCAGGAAGGAGGCCGUGGACGUGGGCAGCGUGUGGUACGAGGAGCAGAGGAUGGGGCUUCGGUCCCUCCGGGGAAUUGUCCCCAACUUAGCCAAGAAGGUCAAGCUGGAAAACUGUGAGAACUUCACCUUCGUCUCCUUCACUCAGGUCUCCAGGAGGCUCGGCUCCCACAGCUGCUGCCAGUGA